UAAAACGUAACGUAAACGAACGAAGUCAAACAAAAAUGUCACACCAACCGAGAACUGCGUAUUUUGUGUGUGCUAAUUUAAUUGAAUAAUUGUAAAUUAAUUACUUUUAGUGUUAACAACUUGCACCUCUUUUAAUCGUUUAUAUAUGUGAGGGUCAAAGUGAUUAUACCUAUCUUGGGUUCGAGUCAUUAAAGUGUUAUGAUUAUGGACGAACGAGAUUUGAGUCUUUGUGAAUUGUUAUAAAAAUAUAUCACAAACGAUUGUUAUUAACGAAGGAGUAACACUACAUAAACCUAGACAUGGUAGUUCGUUGGCGGAACAUCUUAUGUGCUAGCUAAAUACAAAACAACAGAAAUGGGUCAGCAGACUUCUAGGAAAAGCGGUGAGUGCACGUGUGGUUGUGGCGCGUGGGAGCGGCGCCGCUACGCGGAGUCCCCCAGCAGCGUGCACCGCUACGUCAGCGCCGUCACCGACAGAUGGAGCGGGCGCGAGUGCGCGUGCCGGCGGCGGCGCUGGCGGCGGCCCGCCUGCGUGUGCACCGCCUACCGCCGCGUCAGCGACGACCGUUUGGCAGCAGUACUGACGUUGGGCGCUAGAGACCUGCGGAGGGAGUUAGACGCUAUUGUCAUAAACACAGACGGUGACUCAAGCAGGGACAGUGGCGAGCAGACCGCUGAGGUGUACGUCCUGUCCGUAGCUCCCAGACCAACGGAAGGUGAAAGCACUCAGGACAGACGGACGGAGCUCACACAGACCAAUGAUGCCAUCAGACUUCAUCCACACUUCCAGGUGGUGUGCGGCGGCGAGCUGCGCGCGCUGCUGCUGCGGCCCGCGCCCGCGCCCGCGCUCGGGAAGGUGCACACGCAGGUGGACUACAUUCACUGCCUCGUGCCGGAUCUGAAGGAGAUCACAGCGUGCUCGUUCUACUGGGGCAAGAUGGACCGCUACGAGGCAGAGAGGCUCCUGGAUAACAAGCCUGAAGGCACGUUCCUGCUGCGCGACUCUGCGCAGGAGGAGCACCUGUUCUCGGUGUCGUUCCGCAAGUACGGGCGCUCGCUGCACGCGCGCAUCGAGCACUACCAGCACCGCUUCAGCUUCGACUCGCACGACCCCGCCGUGUUCGCCGCGCCCACCGUCACCAAGCUCAUCGAGCACUACAAGGACCCGGCGUGCGUCAUGUUCUUCGAGCCGAUGCUGACGGCGCCGCUGCCUCGCUCCGAGCCCUUCUCGCUGCAGCAGCUCGCCAGGGCCGUCAUUGUCUCGCACACCUCCUACGACGGAGUGGAGAAGCUGCCUCUCCCGCCGCGCCUGCGGCUGUUCCUGAAGGAGUAUCACUACCGGCAGCGAGUGCGCGUCCGGCGCCUGGAGCCGGACCUGUACGAGCACCAGCACUGCUAGGCGAGCCCGACGUGUAUACAGAGUGUCGUAACAAUCAUAGCCCAGUAGUCUAUAUUUUCACAUCGACAUGAAAAUCGUAGAAAAAUACGUUUUCAGGAUUUUUUAUCAAAAAGACCCUGAGAAUUAAAUUGGUCUUUCAAAAAUGAUCUUAAAACCCCUAAGGGGUGAAAUUACUAGCAAACAUGUUUUAUCAAACCCGGUGUUUUAAACACAGUUUUUGUUCAUACUAAUUUACAAGUUUCUCAGCGAAAGUGAUACAUGUUUUAUUUAAAUAAGCGGUAGACACAGAAUUCCGAUUUGCAACAAUAAUAUAGUGACACAUCAUAAUUAUAACCGUGCUACCCGUUAUGAAUCCAACAAUAAAUAUUCAAAACAACAUAUUCAGGUUAAGAAUCCCUUGUUACGGUCAUGUAUUUGAUGGGUGACCAAUGUUAUGUGUUAUCACUCAUCUUCCUAGAUUUUUUAAAACUAGUUAAUUCUUAUGCACAAAAGCUGUGUUCCAAAUACCACCGGGUUUCAACAUGUUUAUAAAGAAACGCCUUGUUAUCAUUAUGUAGAAAUAAUUCGUAUUAAACAAAAUGUAUAUUUUUGACAAAUAUUAAGAAAUCGUUUUUGUUUUAAGAAAACUGUAUUGUUAUAACUUUGGUCUCUCGAUUAAUUUAAAUCAUUAAUUAUAGUUUGUUUAUUGAUAUUUACGUAAAUUUAUUAAGUUUAAUUUUAGAUGGUUUUAACAUUUUUGAUCCUACAGUCAAAUAUACAAGACAAAUUUCAUAUAUCUUUACUAAUACUAGCUGACAGUGACCCAGCAAACGUUUUUUUGCCGCAUAAAUUAUUUAUAUAUUCACCCUUGUAUGCACACAAAAAUUCCAUGUGAAUCUGUCAAGCCGUUUCGGAUUAGUUUAGCCACAAAUACCGCGACACGAGACACAUAAAGAAGUAAAGUUUGUGAUAUUGUAGCGGGUAAUCUCAGGAUCUACUGAACCGAGUGUGGAAAUACUUUUAGCUAUAGACAGACACGUUAUUUGUGAAUGUCAUAGGGUUUUAUAUGAACCUAAUAAUACCGCCUAACCCACUGAACACGGGUCAUUUAGUCCAACAUAGUGUGGACUUUAUCCACAUAACUCUUGCUUUGUCCUGUGUGUUUGACUGUGUCGUUCAAAAUGUUACAUUUUUAAGUUUAUUUAAAGCUAUUCUUUGUAAUAAGUCACUGCGAAUAUUUUAAACGAAACGACAAUUUACAUUUAAAUAAUACACGGUAUUGUAAUGCCAAUCAGUGUUCGGACUAAGUGUCAUGAUGCAACUUCAAGUGGUAGACACUUUAGGGUGCAGUUUUGUAAUAUCUGUGCCCCUUUAAGGUGUUAAAAGCAAGAUAGACGACGAACGAUUAUUGUACUUCUAGUACCAUAACUAGCGAGUUAAACAAGUAGAUAUUACAAAUAUAACAUCGACUGGCCUCAUUCAAAUUUUAUCAAAAUCUGUCCAGCCGUUUUUAUAGUUGUAAAUUGCAUUGGGUUUGAAGCUACCCUGAAAAUUUCAGCCUGCUAGCUUAUCGGAAAGUGCCUCAAAAUGGAGUUGAAUCCAACCGGAAAGACAAACAAGAAAAGUGAGUGUGAGAAAAUGCAGUCAUUUAUUCAAAUUAGGCUACUAAGUAGCACUUUGUCAGAGGGUAUCGGAGUCUUGGCCUUAGUCCCACUGCUGGGCUAAAACGUGGACGUUUUUCUUUGGUAUACCUUUCUUGUCUCAUAGACAAACUACUUAACGAGAAACAAUGUGUGUUUAAAUAAAAUAAUUAUUUUAUUUUAAAACGAAAACAUGUUAUGGAUAUGAAAACCUUGAUUCUUUAAUUAUUAUUUAUGUUUAACAAUGUUUUGAUAUUAUUAUAAACGUUUUUAAUAAUAUUGUUUAAUUAAAGACUGCAAUGGAUACAUAAUUAUAAGUCGCUGUUAAAUCUCGAGUUAUAACUACUUGAACCUGUUUUAUAGCUUUGGAACUACUUAAAUAUCUGCCUAUAAGACCCACCGCUGGGCAAAGGCAUAUUCUUAAAUAAAAUAAUGAAUAAUAUACUUAAUAACACCAGCCCAUGCCACACUGUUUGGAACAAACCACUUUCCAAGAAAAGGACUUAUUACACCAUUUUAAUUAAAUCGAAAAGUUUGUGUGAUUUAAGUAUUCAUGCAGUCUUUAGUUAAAUAUGUAAUUAACAACAUUGUCUUACUAAUACAAUACGUGUUAGAAACUGACCCUUGGAUUCUGCAAAAAUAAUUUAUGGGGACUGUAACUGGGUAUUUAAAAUUAUAAAUAUGUUAGUCAUGACCAAAUAAUAAUUUACAAAUUUUCAAUUGCAAUAUUUAAACCUCAGAAGGGAAUCGAACCUAAGACCCCAGGCUUAACUCACCAGUCGCUUCAUCAACUGGACUAUAGAGUUCACUGACUGAAUCAUCUAUUUUGUUCAUUAAUUUAAAGUUAAAUUAAUCAAAAUGAAUCCUCUAGAAUUCAUAAGAGGAUUAGUUUAAACUAUUUAACACGUAUUUAUUAAGUAACGACGGACCUCUAAUUGUAUAUUUCCAAUUAACACGAAAAAUAAAUAACUGUACAUAUUAAAAAGUAUAUAAAGCUAUAGUUCUCAAAGCGUACAGUGUGACCGCGUCGACUAGUGACGAUAUUACAAGUGUUGCACAUUA